GCUGCUGCUGCUGCUACUUGGCACUUGUCGAUGGAAAACAGACUCACAGCCAGUAUACCUGGCUCUACAACUUUCAAGCAAAAUUGUCUCGUUUAGUUGAAAAAAAAAUAAACGAGCAUCGCCCGCCGACAGUUUUUUUUUUUAGUAAAAUAAAAAAACAACAAGACGACAAGAUGAAGCUCGACGUGAAAAGUGUAUUUAUCAGUGAUCGCGUGGGCCCGGGAUGCGAGGCUCUAUUCAAGGAACACGGCGUCGAGGUGACGACCAAGUAUGGAUUGCCAAAAGACGAAUUGAUCAAUGAGCUCAAGAAACACGACGCCGUCGUCGUCAGAUCGGAGACGAAGAUCACGGCCGACAUCAUCGAGGCCGUGCCGAAUCUGAAGAUGGUCGGCCGAGCCGGCACAGGCACCGACAACAUCGACUUGACCGCAGCCACCAAUAACGGCGUCGUCGUCCUCAACACUCCCGGCGGCAACAGCAUCAGCGCGUGCGAGCUCACCUGCGGCAUGAUCUACGCCCUGUCGCGCAACAUCGUCCCCGCCGGCCAGUCCAUGAAGGAGGGCCGCUGGGACCGCAAGCUCUACUCGGGCUUCGAGCUCUACGGCAAGACCCUCGGCGUGGUCGGUUUCGGCCGGAUCGGUCGCGAGGUCGCCCAGCGCAUGCUCGCCUGCGGCAUGAAGGUCGUCGCCUACGAUCCCUUCCUCACCCGCGACGAGGCCAAGAGACUCGGCGUCGAGUUCGGCCACAUCGACGACAUCUGGAGGCUCUCCGACAUGAUCACCUUCCACACGCCCCUCAUGCCCGAGACGAAGAAUCUCCUGAACAAGGACACCCUGGCGCGCUGCAAGAAGGGCGUCUACGUGGUCAACGUCGCCCGGGGCGGUAUCGUCGACGAGCAGGCCCUCCUCGACUCACUCAAGGCCGGCCACUGCGGCGGAGCCGCUCUGGACGUGUUCAGCGAGGAGCCGAUCAAGAGCGACUACCUGCUGGAGCUCGUCAAGCACUCGCGCGUCGUCGCCACUCCGCAUCUGGGCGCCAGCACGGCCGAGGCCCAGGAGCGCGUCGCCGUCGAGAUUGCCGAGCAAAUGCUCGUGCUCGGCGGCCACACCAAUCGCUAUCCCCUCACGGGGGUCGUCAACGCUCCGAGCAUCAGAGCGGCUCGCAAUCCCGAGCUGGCGCCCCGCCUCGACUUGGCCGUCAAACUCGGCGAGCUCCUCGGCCGCAUGCUCCCUACCAUCGGCGAGGUCGACUUCGCCGUGACCCACUACCACGGCAAGCCCAGCAGCCAGGACGGCAACUGCGCCGCGGCUCUGCUUCAGGGUGUGCUGCAGUCCCGAGCCGAGACCGUGGCCAGCAUCGGCGUGACCCCCAACCUGAUCAACUCCGUCAAAUUGGGCGAGAAGCUGAAGCUGAAGGUGCGCGAGGCCGACUGCGACAAGCAGGGCCUCGAGCACGAGUACGCCGUGGAGGUCAGAGCCGGCGAGCUCAGCGUCAAGGGCACUUGCGACAAAGCCACCAAGCUCAAUUUCCUGCUGAACGUCAACGGCGCGGACGCGGCCAAGCCCAUACCGAUGGCCGACCAAGUGUCGCUGUACAAGAUCGGUAAGGCCGAGGAUCUGGCCCAGGUGGUGCAGGCCGUGAUCAAGACAGAGGCCAAGAUCAGUUCGAUCGACAAUCUGGCGGACAAGUUCGUGCUGGUGCAGACCAAGGAUCCGGUCGACUUGGCCAAGGUGCAGCUGCCAGCGGGCGUGCACAAGUAUUGAUCAAAACGCGAAUCGAGUAUUAAUAUUAAGUUUUCGAUUGUAAACGAUUUACGGAAAUAAUUUUAUAAUGAAUAAUAAGAUAUAUUUUAACGUUUUUUUUUGUACUGUUGUUUGAGAAUUUAUUAUAAAUGUCUAUUGUGUAUCGUUGUUGAUAAUAAUUGCUAGACGAUGAGAAAUAUAGGAUGCGCUGCGAGCUGUUUUUUUUUCUUAUAAA